AUGCAGGCCACCAACAUCGUCGAGCGGCAGGGACGGAAGCGCGGGCUGGUGAAGGAGCUCAACAGCAUUCGCCUCCAGCAGUCCAAAAAACCACCUACCCACCUCAUGCGAAUGUUCAACGCGGUGGCCUCGCUCAACGACCGCCAGCAGCUGAGCAUUCUGAUGGAACUGAUGUCGUUCGGGGUGGACAAGAUGCAGAAUAUGGUGGCACGGAUUCCCCAUGCCGAGCUCAUGAAAAUUGUACAGUCGACGUUUAAAAGCUAUAUGGCGAAAAAUACCCAGCCCGAGGCAACCUUAGGGAAGGGCUUGAAGGAAAAGCACGGCCCCCCUUCGCAGGUGCUCGGGAGGAGGGAUUUUAACACCCCCAAAAGGUGGGAGAUGGGGAUCGAGCGCCAGACCGCCGUGCAGGAGAUCUUGCUUUCCAUGGUCGCCGCGGAUACGCUCUGCGGCCUGAAAGAACUCCACGAGAAUUACAACAUCGUACACUGUGAUAUCAAGCCGCAGAAUAUUUUGCUUUCGUUUGACAAGCAAAGCUUCAAGAUUAGCGAUUUCGGCUGUGUCUGUGUGAUAGACAAAAAGACAGGGAAGGUGCGCUCUUCCGGGGUGGACUUAGGGGCGAAGCUCUACCGAGCCCCCGAGCGUUUGAUUAGCAAGGAGUCUGCGAGCGGAAUCGCUGAGGUGACGGUAGAGGACGAUGUGGAUGGAAAUAUUAUGGACUCCCCCUUUGCGAAUCAGGUGACGGAGUUCGAUGAGAAGGCGGAUGUGUGGUCGCUGGGAAUCAUGCUUCUGGAGCUCGCCUGUGGAGUUCACCCCUGCAGCCCAUUUAAAUGCGACUUUUGGAAUUACACGAAUGAGCUGAAGCUGACGAAAAUGGUGAAGCCGUUGGUGUGGUCGUUUGAUUUUUGCGAUUUUAUUGUUCGCUGCGUUUGCGUGGAUGUGGGGAAACGGUGGUCGGUAGAUCAGCUUCGACAACAUCCUUUUAUUGCGCAUUAUAGCAGCGUCCCACGAAGCAAGCUGAAGAUGUUUAUGGAGCGGCUGGAGAGGGAGUCUGCAAGCUUUCAGCGAAAGCAGCAGCGGGAACUCUUUCAGAAGCAAAUAUUACUUAGCACCAACCAAAUCGCGCGAGAUAAUUAUUUAAAGGAUGGUCGCACCAAGUGGAAGGAGUUUACUGGCUUUCUAAGCGUUACACCAGAGCUUAAGGACCUCAGUAAAUUUCCACGUUUAGCAUAA